AUGCAGCACUCACAACCAGAAUUACGCAUGCAACACUCACAACCAGCAGUACAUAUGCAGCACUCACAACCAGAAUUACACAUGCAACAUUCACAACCAGAAUUACAUGUGCAAUACUCACAACCAGAAUUACACAUGCAGCACUCACAACCAGAAUUACACAUGCAACACUCACAACCAAAAUUGCACAUGCAGCACUCACAACCAGAAUUACACAUGCAACACUCACAACCAGCAGUACACAUACAGCACUCACAACCGAAAGAACGCAUCCAGGUAUCUCAAACCGCAGAACAUACAGACCUACCAACCGAGAGCACAUACAUACAUAAGUCACAACCGGCAUCUCACACACAGACCUCGCAACAGUUAGCACACGAACAGAUCUCUCAACAUGCAGCACAUACACAAACCCCUCAGACAUCUGAAAACACUCAACUCUCGCAAGCAGGUGAACAUGAAUUGACUAAAGAGACUGGACAGGCACAGUUGAUUACUAAUUUGGCAGGAGAGUUGUCAAAUAAAGUGUUAGGACAUGAUAGUUCAGCGGAGCAGUACCCUAUUACAGAUGCUACACUGACACUCAAUUUCCCUCUAGAACAUUUUGAUUCCCCUCCCACAUCGGAAGUGCCUCCAGUGACACCUAACAUCAUGCCUACUCAGUCUCAGUUUUUGACAAAAACAAAUGUAUCAACAGUUUAUUCUGAGUCAACGAGUUCAAUUACUAAAAUGAACUGUCCUAGCAGUACAGAACGAAGAAAUGAAACUGAACAAUUGGUACUGUAA